CGACGUCGCGCGCGCGGCCGGCGUGUAUACGCGAAGCGGAGGACACGAGAGAGGCGGUAGAAGGGACCCGGGUACCAAUAUGGCGAAUCGGUUAAAAGCAAUGCACCGGCGUAACGUCCACCAGUCCGCGAUUUGGCACGAGACGGCAGUGCGCUCCGCGCUUCGAUAUCAGCACGGUCGAUAAUCGCCCGUCGGCAUUUCGUUUUCCCUCCUCUCCCCGUCCUCACGCUUUUCCCCGUCGCUCCUCCGCGCGGGCCCGCGCGAGAGACGUUAGGCCGGCUGAAUCGAGGCGAUCACGAUCGACUCGGCCCGAGAGAUCGAGAUCGAGAUCGAGAGAGCCGCGUGCGAUUCCGCCCGUGCCCGCCUUGUCCUUCGAUCUGCCGCGUGCACUCCGCGCACUUCCUUCGUCGUCUCCUGUGACCGUCCGAAAGUUGAGGGAAGGCUCAGCAACGUGACCGUUCUCGGAGGCAGAAGGCGAGAGCUCGCUGUUGUUAGACGCUGGGCGCAGGAAGAAGAGGGCCGAGAGAGAGAGAGAGAGAGAGAGGAGAGAAGGCUACUUUCGCUUUCGUCCAAGUGUCACGAGGAUAGUGUGUGUUACUGUUUUCGGAGGAACGUUGAUCGAUCGCAAACACGCCGCAAAACACGCGCGCUGCCCCGUCACAGUCACAAGAAGAGGGUGACAGCCGCAGGCCACGUCUAGAUUUUCCAUCCAAGGUAGACAGACCUCAGAGUGAUUGAUCUCGGCCGCCAUGUCGAUCAUAAUGCAGUACAUAAAUCGAUUCCACGAUAUGUUGGACAAACACGCAGACACAAGGACGACUAAUUGGCUGCUGAUGAGCUCACCCUUUCCCACACUAUUCAUCUGCCUCACGUACGUGUUCGUCGUGAAGGUCCUAGGACCGAAAUUGAUGGAGAAUCGGAAACCAUUUCAGCUUAGGAACAGUUUGAUAGUUUAUAACUUCUUCCAAGUGAUCUUCUCCACAUGGCUAUUCUACGAGUGUCUCAUGGGCGGAUGGUGGGACCAAUAUAGCUUCCGCUGCCAACCGGUCGACUAUUCCAACAGCCCCACCGCGAUAAGGAUAGGGAUGUCCGGCUGGCUGACUGGAGACUAUUCGCUAAGGUGUCAACCUGUAAACUACAGCAACAAACCCCAAGUACUAAGGAUGGUUCACGCGAGUUGGUGGUACUACUUCUCGAAAUUUACCGAAUUUAUGGACACGAUCUUCUUCGUGUUACGCAAGAAGAACAAUCACGUGUCCACGCUGCAUGUCAUCCAUCACGGUUGCAUGCCCAUGUCGGUCUGGUUCGGUGUCAAGUUCACACCCGGCGGUCACUCGACCUUCUUCGGCCUGCUCAACACCUUCGUCCACAUUGUCAUGUACAUGUACUACCUUCUGGCGGCGCUGGGUCCGCGGGUGCAACCCUACCUCUGGUGGAAGAAGUACCUGACCGCCUUCCAGAUGCUGCAGUUCAUCGCCAUUAUGAUCCACGCGUUCCAGCUGCUCUUCAUCGAGUGCAACUACCCGAAGGCGUUCGUCUGGUGGAUCGGCCUGCACGCCGUCAUGUUCUUCUUCCUGUUCAAGGAAUUCUACCAGCAGAGCUAUCAGCAGAAGCCCAGGAAGAGGGCCGGCGCGGUGGCAAACGGCGUCGCCAAGAGUCACCGAGGCUCAGUCGAGGGCCACGUCGCGAAUGGCAACGUUAACGGCACCGUUAACGGUGUCGCGAACGGCGUCGCCACGAACGGCGUCGUCGCGAACGGCGUCGUCGCGAACGGUUCCAGGAGGAGGGAUGCUGCCGACUAUUACGUGAAAGGCGAAAGCUUAGCGGCGACGGAGCUCAACCUCCGAAAACCGUACGCGACGACCGAGUAACCCGGUAGCGCCUAGCCUAGUCGAUCCAUUCGCCACGAUGUCGUGUCCAUUUCUUUUUUCCGCGGGGUCGCCGACGGAUCACAGCGGGUCUUCUUUCUCUCUCUCUCUCUCUCUCUCUCCCCCCUGUUUCAUCCUCCCCCGCUCCCCUCCCCUUCCUCGUCCAUCCCCUUUCCCAAUCCCCUUUCUCAAUCUCGUCCUCCCUAUUGUAUCGUCACGAAGAAUCGAAGACCCCAUCGAGACCGACGCGUCCAUCGAGAAAAAAAGUACAAAAUUACGUCGCGCGCGCUUUCGCGGCACGCGGUACAUCGAUGUUUCAUGAGCGUGACGGCCGUCUCCUGGCUAGUUCCAGCUGGCUCCAGCUGGAGCCAGACGAUCGUCGUGCGAUCGCGACCGGGCGACGACGCAGAAGACACGAGGACGCGCGCUCGUCGUAUUCUGCUGCUCCUGCGACCGCGACGGCGGCGCGACAGUUCGUGGCCGUGAGACGAGCGCGUGAGGCGAGCGAUUUUUUUUGUCUCGCGGGGAUCGCGCGAAUCGAGUCGCGAGGUGCUGCGACAACGGCUCCGCGAUCGUCGGCUUAUCCGCCGCGAGUCCGACCCGGAGAAGCGGCCCGCGCGCGAGACCAGUGGCGCGAUUCUUUAACUCGUCGUUGGAGUUAACGACACUUUCGUUAUCGUUGCGCAGCUUUUCUACGGCUUUCAGUACAAAAGCUGCGAUAACGCAACGAUAACGAAAGUGUCGUUAACUUCAACAACGAGUUGCAGAAUCGCACCGCAGCUUUCGUCCAAACGAAUGUUUUCGGUGAUCGUUACGGUGAAGCGCGUGUUUAAACAGGACGCGAAUUGUGAUUCUCGCGGGUUAAACUCGAAACAAUUUGCGUCUCUCUCACUCACCCGAGUGUGAAACGGGCUCGCUUUUCUAUUUAUAUAAUUUCUUUUUCUUCUCCGUCGUUUAUUCCUAUUCUUUUGUUUUAUCCUUUGCCGGCGAGACUAGUCUCAUCGAGUGUCAUCGAUUACUUGAUACACCGAUCACAAGUUGCAGGGGAGAGAGAGAGAGAGAGAGAGAGAGGCAGAAGAGACGUACGCGGCAACUUGGGAGAUACUGCAGGUCGACAUCCUUCUGGGAAUUCCAAAUGAGAUCAUAUUAGACGACGUUUGAUGAAUCAACGCGAUGUUGUUCCUCUCGCGAGCGCUACUUCGCGUUACAUUGAAGAUUCUUGAAUGGUCGUUUCUGAUUCCCCUCUCUGCUCCCGUCCCCUUCCUCCAGCCCGCCCGCCCACCCUCUCUCUCUCUCUCUCUCUUGAAGUUUCUUUUUGCGUUUCUUUUCACGGUUCGCGUAGCGCGGUCAAGCGAUCCCGUUUCACAUCGAUUAGAAAUAAACCGUCGCGACUUCACGAGUGAGUACGUUCGAUAGAAAAUGGCGAAACGCUCCUGGAGAGACGCCGGUAUCUGCUCCCCGCGCACGAUUCCGGGCUUACAUAAUAAGAGAAAUUACAUAGACGCGAUAACGGUAAAUCACAAUACGGCACGCCGCCGUUACGUAACAACCGGCGAGAGAUUUUCGUUUGCAUUUCGGCCGUUCGUUGCGUGGACUCGCAUAAAAAUCUCGUCUCAGGCUUAUCGAACCAGUCGGGUGACCUUAACCGAUCGACUUGCGAACGGAUGCGGUUCGUCGAGAAAUUUGUCGGUUACGUAAACGCCGUCGAGCGGUGGAACGACGUGCUCCAAAAAUCACACGGGAGCGGGGUGCGUUCACGGCGGCCGAGCUGGACGUUUGACUUCCUCGUCGGACCUGAACCGGCGCCGCGUACGUGUGUAAUUGCCACAGCGGGGAAUUUGUGUUGAGUCGAGUCACUAGAAACUCGUCUCGAGCGAGUUGAAUUCAGAGUCAGACGAGAGUUUGUCGGCUAAAUUAUAGAUCGGCGAUUGGAUAAAUCCAAUAGCGUCGCAGUCGGGGCUGCUUAAUGGUGGCGACGGAAAGCGUCGCCUCGGAUCAGCCGACUGUACACAAUUCAAGCGAGCGAACUCGGGUCUGAUCCUGAGUGAAGAUUCGAGUAUCUCACAGGAGAGACGAGUAUCGGCGACAUCGACGGCGACCCGAGAGCCUUAAACGCGGCGUAUUGCCGGAUGCUCUCUCAAUUCGAAGUUUAGAUUUCGACAACGUAUUUGAAGAAAAGUGCGAAGUUAAACUUGAAGUGGCAAUUCGCGAAUUAUGGCUUCUUAGGCUGCUUGUUUGCUCUGGCAAUAUUAGGAGGUCAAACUUGCGGAGUCCUGGAGGGUUUAACGUGUAUGCGUGUGUGACGAUUGAAGAGGACUUUGACACGCUGCUGUGAGAGGUUGGUCUUUCUCGUCUUGAUGGAUCCAUUCAUUCGGCUCGAUCGUUUGAGCGUCGGGCGCGGUCGCAGGAGCAGGCGGGACACGAUCGCGCCCGUCGGGGCGACAGGUGUGCCUUUGCUCAAUACUACUUCAAGCUCAAAAGCUUCGGUCUGACAUACCGGCGACCGACUUCUGUGGUCGUACGUCGACUCUCGUGAGGGACUCGAUCUUCUUCUCGCGCGCCGAGCAGCCGCCACGCUGUGACCACGUCUUGACCGCGGAUGCCCGAUGCCUCGGAUCAGCGCGUCUCAUUCGCCGCCUCUACUAUUGUACUAUUUAACGCGGGCGAGCGCGAAACGCGCGAGAGGAUUCGCGUCCGCGUCAUCAGCGCGAGCUCGUCGACUUGAGCUACCAGGCGCGGGGAAUCCCCCUCCCCCCCCUCCCUCCGGGAGUUGCCAGCGGCCGGAUUAGUUCCUCGAAGUGAUCCGAAUAUCAAUGCCUUCCUGGAUCUAAACGACGACGUCAUUCAAGCUCAAAUUCAGGAGAGCGAGCGACACAAGUUGACAGAAUUGUAAAAUAGUAGAUAAAUUAAGGAAUAAUCGAUAGACAUUCGGUUCGUGAAGCUCGGGACACCUGUCCGCGAAUAUGGAAAAGUCGUGACUUCGCAUAAGGAGCCCGGAGCUAACACGAAACUCCAAAGCGAGAUCAGCCCGGAUGUGCCCAGGGCGCGUCCUGGGACAUCACUUCCCCCUCCCCAGGACACCCUCGACACAUUCGGGCUCAUCCCAGGACCUCCUCGUGCGGCCCGGGAGUUCUUAUCGAGAUUCGCUUGUACUUUUUAUACGACUACUGAAACUCUCAACGCUGUAAAGCUCGUAAUUGUCGCCCGUCGACUUUCUUCCCUGUGCUCAAAGUCGAAGGAUUCAAACGGCGACGUUCGGAACGACAUGUCUCGCUCGCUUCGCGCGUCUCGUAUAUAAUACAUAGUGUCUUGUACAUAGGUAGGUUAGUUUUGUACACCGUACGUUGAGGAGGUGGCCGAGGUGCGACGGUCGCACUGCGCCAACGCAUUUCGCGCUACCGAGACAAUAACGAAAAAAAAAAAAAGAAUAAGGGAAAACACACAGAUUCACACACACACACGCGCACACACACACAUACACACGUAUUAUAGAUAGGUCCGAGUUCAGGGGUCAGAGUUAAUUUAUAUGAAUUAUUAUGCGUAUAAGAUGUGAAAGGUACGAGUAUAAAAUCGCGCUGCGAGGGUGAGCGAUUUUUACAUAGUUGCGGCUACGUACAUAAGGAAACGAAAGAGUUAAGGGGGCGCUUUGCAUUUUCGCGACUUCGGGACUUCGUUUACUGCCCUUCACUCUCGGACGCUCUCGUGUCUUUGUAGAAAUAAAUGCAAUACGGAGUAACAUUCGAUUCGACAACACGGCGUGCCAAUCUGCGCGAAUGAACUCACUUGCGAAUCGGGCUCUCGAACCACACGCUCUUAUAUAUACUCCCUCCUUUUAUAAACAGACGUAAAUAUAUUUUCGAAUGCCAUUCCGUGCCAUUGAUCGACUGGAUAAGAGAGAACAACCGUCGAAACGACGAGCCCGUUCGGCAACGCGAUUAAUGAUAAUCGAAACUCGCGUGUCACACGUGAGCGUUUGUGCCUAAAUCUACAUAUACGUGGGGAGGGGACCCGGGCAGCAGGAGCGACUGAAAUAUCACGGAGGUACCUUGAAGACGUCUCGAGCAAAUCGAUUUUCAUCUCUGAGAGGUCUUUCAGACGCUCGUGCUGCCGGUGCGGGAGCCACCCGACGAUGAAUCGUCAAACCGAGAUCGGCCGCGACGUAUCAACACUGCAACGAAAAGGAAAAAAAAAAAAAAAAACAAAGAACAAAAAACCCCAAAUGCGCGCGUACGACGCAAAGUACGCGGACAAUCCGAUGAGUUUUCUUCCCACUCGGCGGGGAACUUGAAGUUAUUUUGUUGCAAGCGGCUCGCCGAAGUGGGCGCCGAAGGCGUUAUCGUGGACACGCACGCCGCGCCAGUCACGCAUGAGAGAAGCGGUCUUUGAGAAUUCCAAGUGCUCUUACGUCGACAGAAAAUUUUCUACCGUCGUAUUGUAACCGAAACUCACACAUUAAUCUGCGCAAUUGGUUAACGUGUAUUACGUGAUGUAUUUUUGCGAGAAAAUAUAAGUCUAUUUACUA